AUGCUUAACAGAACCGGAUUUCCGCGAGUACUACCAACAGAAGGUGCAUCAGCCCUAAAUGCUCGACGGAGGACGUUAGACUGUUUAGCACCGGCAACAACACCGCGACGUGGUGGUUCACUGCGGGUACCACGUCAACAGCAACCACCAGAGAAGCCCGCCAUGGCUUUCUGCAAGCGCCGUUUGUCUUGGCCUGAGGUUGAUAACUCCGUAAAUUCUGGGGUUCAAGAUACAGACGGUUCUUACUUCGAGAGCUUCACGGCGUUAUCCUGGCGUCAAGAAAAUAGACGACUCGCAGCGUUACGCUUGGCAGAAGCACGUGCUGAACGUCCACCCCCAGCGCCUCAUGAACUAGGCUUGCCUAGUGUCUCUGCCCAUCUUUCACAUAAAGAACAUGAACAUCUUUAUACUGAGGUUCUUUACUGUAUUGAAAACGCCGUUGGAGCCCCAGCACCUGGUGGACAAUUCGCAUCCUAUAAGGAAGAGGUGAUAGAAUACGCCCGUCGCGCUUUUAGGGUGUCACCGGAAGUACACGCGCGAGCACUUCGUGCAGCGGACAGCGAGCGUCCCCCAACUGUUGUGUUAGGCUGCACUGUCAUAGAAGCCGAUGGUCUUGAAGCCAAAGAUGCCAACGGGUUUAGCGAUCCGUAUUGCAUGUUGGGCAUUCAGCCGGCGUCCCUGCCCGCUUCCCCCAGGGCCUCCGAGGACGAGGGUCGCAAACAUGGCUUCCGGCUGAGUUUCAAGCGGCGCGACGGGCGACAACAGCGUGACAGCCUGGGCCGGCUGCCGGCGAGGUAUAUCCGCGCUACAAGUGUGCGACCUCACACUUUGUCGCCCAAAUGGAAUGAGACAUUUAAAUUUGACAUUGACGACAUAUCAUCAGACGUCCUACAUCUUGACAUCUGGGAUCAUGACGAUGAGAGUUCGGUCCUGGAUGCUGUAUCCCGGCUCAAUGAAGUUCGGGGAGUACGAGGACUUGGGCGAUUCUUCAAACAAGUCUGUCAGAGUGCCCGACAAGGCAGUCAAGAUGAUUUCCUUGGUUGUGUCAACAUUCCUCUGCGAGAAAUCCCAUCAACUGGCGUGGAAGCUUGGUAUAAACUAGAUGCAAGGUCCCAACGGUCUUCUGUUCAAGGGCGGAUCCGACUAAGGCUGUGGUUAUCAGCCAGGGAAGCUGGGAGGCACGACGAUGACAACUGGCAACAGGUUCGGCAGCACGAGCGUCUUUUCGGUGUUCUCCUCGCUCACGAGGUCGAAACGGCUGCAAAUUUGGUCAGCGAUGGUGCUGAGAGUGACAGCCAUGCCUGGGAAGGGGAUCUUUGUAGCGCUGCACAGACAUUACUCCACCAGCACGCUGUGCAAGGCGAUUUAAGCUCACUGCAAGCCGCGAUCGCACGUUAUGCAGCCGCUUGCAGGCUCAACAGCGACGCUCCACUUGAUCCUAAGUAUAUGUUUAAACUUCUUAAUGAACUGGAGAGGGCGUGGUGUGCCAGUGAAUCUCUUCUUGGAAGCGGUAGUGGUGACGCCGGCGCUUGCGCAUCAAGGGACGAAGAGCGCUGGCUAGCAGACUGCUUCGGAGAGUUUGUGGAUCGAGCCUUACAUCAACUUCGACUCCACAGAGACUUAUAUCCAGUACUGCAUCAUCUCAGUCUAAACAAAUUAGAAUAUCUUCUUCGUUGUUUGAACCAGUUAUCGCAGAUGAAGGCUUUUUGGCGAUGCUGUCCCUUUAGCAAGGAAAUGAGGAGUGAAAUUGUCGGCACGCUACGGAAGGGCACAGCUGAAUGGUACGAGGCGUUAUGUGCUCAAGAUACAGAGUCGGAGCGCGGAGAAGAUCUCGUCAAUCUCAUCACGCUGGUCCAAAUUGACCUGCAGCAGGGACUCACUUAUUAUCAUCCUCUAUUUGAGACGACAAACGCCGUCCCAUACUUCAACGUUGUUUUCACACAGAUCGACAAAAUGGUAUCAGAAGAUGUGAAACAAUGUGUCGAGCAUUGGAUAUCGGAGGGCUGGUGCGGUGUAGCGGAAGAGGAGGGCUUUGAUGAACAUGUGUGCAACGUGGUGUCAGCGAAGACGCUACCGUUUGAAGUAUUGGCUGCGGUAAGGGAACUUUGCGCGGCGGCUGCGCCUGCGCCGCUAACGCACCCACAUGAUCCACCACCCCAACUGAUAGAAGUCUAUCAGUAA